GCCGUGGACGAAGCUCAAAUGUCACAAGUUGAAGCGUUAAACUUUACUUUUGGUCCGCGUUUACUCAAACGACCUGUAGCGUUUGCAGCUUCCGAGCAAAUAUGAAUUAACGUGUUACGAGUAGAAGUUAAGUUGUCUAAAGCGACGUCUCGGGGUUCCGUGUAUGUUCCGAGGUGUGGUGCUCAUGUCGUGGAACGCCAACUAGAAACCAGAUGUUUAGCUUCCACUCCUAACACACUGCUAUGCUGCCGAGGCUGAUGCACUCCUGCAAUCUGAGCCAUUAGGAGUCACCGUGCAGCUUAACACACGACAUGUAAGAGAAUGAGUCAUUGCACAGGAAGCUGUGGCAACCAUGGAUGCGCCUUUCAGUGACCCGGUGUGUCAUCACCGGAGAUAGAAGCAGAACAUCGGAUAAAUCCGCUGAGCAAGAGGGACCUCUCCCUGCUGGUAACAGUCCUGACUGUUACACACGAGUACGGAGCAGCUCUUCGCUUCAAGAAUCAACAAAAAAACCUUGGAAGCCAAAUAUGCUGCUUUGACCGAAAGGACAUUAAGCGGAAUAAAAUCUAUUUAAUCAAAGAUUCUGGACAAUGACUGAAUUAUGGGUGUUCAGGACCAUUAUGACUACUGAAUACUUUUACGGUACAAAGUUAAAUAAUCAUUCAAUGUAAAAUCCCUAUAUUUCAAAGUUCAAAAGGACCAUUUUCUUUGGACUGCAAUGAAAAUUACUUUUCUUAAUAAUUCCAGGCAAAACUAAUUCAAUUGUUUUAAGGGCCUCUCUGACUACUAGGAUGCUGAAUAUUUACAGUAAAAAUGUUAUUUAGAGAGAUCCUGCACAGACAUUCUUCUAUCAUUGUCCAAUUUACUAUUUAAAUUAGCCUUUAUUCCGGUUAUGUGUUUAAUACCGUAAAUGUCAUGUAAAGUGCAUGUAAAUUUGUGCACUAAAGUGUCUGCAGAGUUGAACGCAGUGAACUACUGGAGCGGGCCCAACUCCCUCGAUCUACAUCAGCUCCUUCAUUCCAUGUAUGCAACACCACCACCAUCAAGAUGUUAAAACUGUCCAAUGGACCAACCACUGGCGUACAUGUCUUUGCCACCUAACCUGUACAUGCAGCUGAGCGCUUGCUUUGAAGAUGAGUUCCAGAGUGUCAGGUGAUCUGGAGAACGCAGAGGAGGAGGCUGAAGAAGAAGAAGAUGAAGGAGAAAAGAGUGUCAACCCGACAGAGGUCAAAAUGAGUCAGAUAGUGAUGCCUUGUCACAGCAACCACAGACAGGAGCUGAGUGUGGGUCAGCUGCUCAAAUGGAUAGACUCCUGUGCCUGUCUCUCCGCUGAGCGGCAUGCUGGGUGCCCCUGUGUCACCGCCUCCAUGGAUGACAUCCACUUUGAACAUACCAUCAGGGUGGGCCAGGUGGUGAAUAUCAAGGCAAAGGUCAACAGAGCCUUUAACACCAGCAUGGAGGUGGGAGUACAGGUGAGCUGUGAGGACCUGUUCUUGGAUCGGCACUGGAGGGUUUGUCACGCCUACGCCACCUUUGUUACCCAGCGCACAAACACAGGGAAAAAGGUGAUCUUGAAGCUCAUCAUACCUCACACUGAGAAAGAGCAGGUUGAGUACAGCGUGGCAGCUGAGAGACGCAGGGUCAGGAUGCUGCACGAUGACAUCAUCAAAGAUCUUCUCUCCCACGCCUCCGUCCUGCAGGCUGACAACUGGGCACCAGGCAAUGCUGUGGCAGCAGAGAAGACCAAGGUGGAGAGUGUGGAGCUGGUCUUACCCACACAUGCUAACCACCAGGUGAACACGUUUGGAGGACAGAUCAUGGCAUGGAUGGUGAAUGUAGCUACAAUUGCUGCCAGUCGUCUCUGUCAGGCUCACCCAACUCUGCGCACCAUCGACAUGUUCACCUUCAGAGGACCAUCUCACGUUGGAGACAGACUGCUGCUCAGGGCUAUAGUCAACAACGCAUUCAAAAACAGCAUGGAGGUGGGGGUGCGAGCCGAGGCCUACCAUGAGGAAGGGCCUAACCGGCACAUUAACUCGGCCUUCAUGACCUUUGAGGUGCUGGACGACCACAGGAAGCCAUGUACGUUACCACGGAUACGACCUGAACCCUUGGAAGGGGGGAGGAGGUUUCAAGAGGCCACAGCCAGGAAGAAGAUUCGACUGGACAGAAAGUACAUCAUCUCACGUACGCAGGGAGAAGUCCCCCUGUCUGUCCCCUGGGACCCCAGAAACCAGGUGUAUCUGAGCUAUAACAAUGUUUCUGCUGUGAAGAUGCUGGCUGCUAGAAACCACUGGCGACUCAGCUCUGAGAAAGACGAGGUCCGUCUUUACACCAUGGAGCAGAAGUCCACGCUGAGCUUCAGGGUGGAGUCGGAGGUGGAUGUUCCUGCUCACAGAGCCUUUUGUCUGCUGGCUGAGCUGAGCAACAGGCCCAGCUGGGACACACAUUAUCAGAAAUGUGAGCUGAUUCACCGGGUGGACGAUGAUGACUUCCUAUAUAGAGUGGUGACCCCAUCGGUGAGUCGGGGUGCAGUAGGUGCCCCGACUUCAGCCAAUCAAGGAGAAGGGAUUCUGCAGGAUUUCAUCUUGUUGGCUUCAAAGAGGAAGCCUUGUGGCAGCGGAGAUCCGUAUGUCAUCGCACUGCGCUCAGUGUCCCUGCCCAUGUACCCUCCCUCUGAAGGGUACAACAGAGGAGAGGUUCUGUGUGCUGGAUUCACCAUCGUGGAGACCAGCAAUAACAUGUCACUGAUCAGUUACUAUAACCAGGCGUCUCCAGAGGUCCUUCCCUACAUCUCCACAGAUAUCGCUGGCCUCUCUUCCUCCUUCUACCACACCUUCUGCUCCUGCAGCCGAUACCUGACCAGGAACCGACUGCCGUCCUCCUCUGAGGUGCAGACGGGUCUAAACCAGCUGGCCAGCACAGACCGUCCCACCUGUGAGGUUGGAGCUGAGAGUUUGUCAGUGGCUCUCCGCAGCACCCAGCUGUAGUCACUCAGUUCCCUUGGGCAGGUUUACAUGCGUUGACAUGGCCCUACUAAUGUUGUCAGAACAAAAGGGAUUUACAAUCUAAGGUAACACUAAAGGGCCUAAAAUGCAAAAAAGAAAGGCGGGUAACUCUGGUUAGAACACUCGUUUACUGCAGUGUGCACAAACAUUUGUAUUUUUACCUUUUGUUUUGUAAAUAUGAACAAAUAAACAUGUUCACAUAUAAAACAUAUUUUCUCUUUUUGGUUCCGUUCAGAAUUCAAAUGCAAACUACCAAACAAUAUAAAAAUGAAAAUAAAUGGUUGCAAGGUAAGCCAUUGUCUCGUCUACAGCCACACUAACAGCUCUGUGAGGAAAAGCAGGCUGCAUUAGCAUAGUGAGUGCAACCAUCAUAACCAACUUUAAUUAUUGAAUCGUUGGUUAUAUAUUCAAUUAUUACAGAUAUGUUCCCCUCCUCUCACAUCCUGAAAGCAGGACUAAUGAUUAGUUAGGCCUCCACCUCCCGCACAAGCCGUACUAUCAGUCAGGUCUGCUGGGGCUUUCCUCCACGCACAGCCUCUGCUCUAGAACCAAACGCUGGAUAGAACUGUCAAGUGUGCUGCAGUGGGCUACAGUAUGUUCAAGUGUGUUGUAAAGUAAAGAUUUUGAGGUGGGACAGAAGGCGCUCAAAGUACUCAUGCACAGAGGUUAGGGCGGCGGGUCAGUACAUCAACUUUUACUAUAGUCAGACCUAUUUUAGUUACAAUGGGGGUGUGCCCCGCUCUUUCCGCCGAUGACGUUGAUUCUCCGUAAUGGUGUUGCUGGGGAACGUGUCUGGGCAGAUCCUCCACAUGAAAAAGCAAACUAGUGUUGUGGAAGAUUUUCUCAUGCAAUCGGAAAUCAGUUGUAAAGUCUCUUGUGAAUCAAAGUUGUAUUUUCCGUUUAUUUCUUGCAAGGAAGAAGAGGUCUGCAACAGCUAUCAGAGGUGGGGACUCGAGUCAUGUGACUUGGACUCAAGUCAGACUCGAGUCAUGAAUUUGAUGACUUGAGACUCGACUCGACAAAACGUACAAAGACUUGCAACUCGACUUGGACUUUAACAUCGAUGACUCGUGACUUGACUUGGACUCGAGUCUUUUGACUCGAGAAGACUUGCUACUUCCCAUGAAAACUGGGGGAAAACAUUUUCACACGGCCGCGCCGCUCUGUUUAUCUGCAUCUGUCAAAAAAAUGUGCGCCACCUGUAUGCAGAGAGCGCUGCCUGCACGACAUCCAAUCACUGCAGUCCAUUUUACCGUAUCAACGAGACAGCUCGUUCAUGGUUACAAAAAUCGGGAUCUUUGAACUCGGAUUCAGACUCCGAUGGAAAUCCUCGCCAACAUUAUGUCAACGUCCGUUUUAAAGUAAUUGGUUUUAGACAUUAAUCUAAUAAAACAUUAUGGCAUCAUUAUAUUUUGCCAUUACACUAGUCAUCAACUAGGAGGACCGAGUGAUGUAGCUGUGUAGUUAUAGUUAACAAAACUACUUGAUGAAACAUUUUCUAGCGGAGUCAUUGACAUUCCACAUAUCUACUUUUACUAAUAUACUGAUUAUGUAUCAGCUUUGUCUUUACUGAUACCUGUCAGUUAAGUGUAAUAUGUGUGUAAUAAGCUGUAAUACGUGUGUAAUAAGCUUUGAUAAUCAAUAUGGCCUAACUUUCUGGUGAGCACAGCUGUGACAGUAGUGAUA